AUGGAUCAACACAAUAGUUUUGAAUUCUUUGAAGAUGAAGAUGAAGAUCAUAGAAUAGACUUGCUUGAAACACAGAAAAAAAUAUUCUAGUCAAUUUUUAAUUUGACUAGCAAUGCCGAUUUAUCUGAGGAUGAUGAAUUGGAAAUUGAAUUAUCUAAUGGUCUAAGAAUGGACAAGAGGAUCUUGACUUUCAAGGUGCUAGUUUUUGACAAUAUAGCAUCUAACAUACUCGCAAAUAUUAUGAAGGUUGGAGCAUUGAGAGAUUGUAACAUAACGCUGCACAUGAGUAUCAAUAGUAAAAGAGAACAAAUACCAGACAUCCCAGCUAUAUAUCUUAUUUAUGAGCCUCAAGAAGCUAUAUUUAAAAAGAUUGCUGAGGAUAGCAUUAAUGGGAUCUACGAUUAUUUCUUUGUCAAUUUCAUGAAGCCAAUUUCGGCAGAGCUGCUUGAUUAGUUCGCAAUUGAGAUGGUUAAAGCAAAUACUGCUCAUAAGAUCUGUCAAGUCUAGUAUAAUUAUUUAGGGUAUUAGGCUUUAUCUCAAAAUUGUUUCACACUCCCUAAUGGUAGAGAUAAUUUCAAAGGUAUCUAUACAGGAAAAGAUAGCCUUUUUGAAGAAGCAAUUAAUCAUUCAGCGUCUGGUCUUUUAAGCUUAUUCAAAAGCAUAGGAAAGAUACCUAUAGUUAGAGUGAUUAAUGGAGAAAUUUCUGAUAAGGUCUAUAAAAGGCUUAACUUGAUUUACUAAUAGGCUGAGUCAGAUGAUAAAACUAAGACUGGAAAUAAAUAAGAUAGACCAUUGCUGAUCAUAUUGGACAGAAACCUAGACUUGCACACUAUGCUUUAUCAUUCAUGGACAUAUAUAUCUCUUAUUGAGGAUAUUUAUGGAAUUAAAAACAAUCAAUUCUAACAUUAUGACGAAACUACCAAGGCAAUGCUAACUUAUGAUAUCGAUUUCUAAAGUGAUGAGAUCUUAAGGGAAAAUGCAUUUAAAGAAUUUGGAGAGGCAGCACCAAAUGUAGAUAAAGCUUUAAAUAGCUGGAAAGAAGAGUACGAUUAGAUAAGCAGGAAAACUAAUCCAGGUCAAGUUCACGAUAUAUCUUAAAACUUGACCUCAGCAAUGGACCAAAUUCCACAAAUGACUGAGAGGAAAAAGAAGAUUGAUAUGCAUAUAAAUGUAGCUUCUAAAAUUUUAGAAGACAUUAAAAGACGUGGAAUUGAUAAGCUCCAAGAUGUUGAGGAUGAAAUCAUGACUAGCAAGUAAAUGAGUAAUGCGACUAAGAAUAUAUUUAUGGAAUUUAUGAGGAAAGACACUUAGAAACAAGAUGAGUUUGAGGAUAAAAUGAGACUGCUCCUCAUAUACAUUAUAUGCUCAAGUGAUUUAACGGACAUCAAAUAAAUACUAGACACCUUAAAGACCAUUCAUAAUGAUUAAUUUGAUGAAGAGUUUGUUCAGGGACUUCUUAAGAAGAGAAAAGACUUCGAAAACAUCGUUGGAUCAGGCUCACUUUAAAAUCAGCAGCCAACUCAAUCAUUUAUCUCUGGGUUAGCUAAAUAAGUGACCAAAGGAUCUAAAAGUCUGAUAUCAAAUUUGGCAAACCUAAUGGCAGAGCAAAAGAAUUUGAUUCACUACAACUUAGUCAAGAAAGUCAUUCAAAACGUUUAAUCAAAGACUGUGGUUCAGUCUGAAUCUUACUAUGAUAUAAAGACCGGUGAAAAAUCUUAAUAAUUCAAGGCCCAACUCAAGAACGUAAUUGUCUACGUAGUAGGUGGAGGAUCAUACUAUGAGUAUGAAUGUAUGAAAAGAUUAGAAGAUGAGACUAAGAUCCAAAUAAUUUACGGAAGUGACUACAUAUUCUAGCCUUUAGAAUUCUAUCAAGAACUGCACAAACUAAGCAAAUGA